CGUCAGCUUCAUUCAAGACUUGCAUCUGGACCAUACGCCAAAACACUUACUUGACAUUAUGGAGGACGUAGGAAUGGAAAUUCAGAGAGAGGAGCCAACAUUCGAGUCUGUCGUGACUGAGAAGGCCGCUCUCCAUAAAGAAUUACAGGAGGACGAUUUGUAUACCAAGUACAAGAAGCUCGCGCGUCAUCUAGAGCUGUUCGACAUCCAAGAAAGCUAUAUAAAGGACGAGCAAGCGAAUCUCAAACGUGAGCUCAUUCGUGCCCAGGAGGAGGUGAAGCGCAUCAAAUCCGUCCCACUUGUCAUCGGGCAAUUCCUCGAGGCAAUCGACCAGCACACUGGUAUCGUGGGUUCGACCACCGGCUCAAAUUACGUCGUGCGCAUCUUGUCCACAUUAGACCGAGAGCUGCUUAAGCCCUCGUCGUCUGUUGCCCUUCACCGGCAUUCAAAUGCCCUUGUAGACAUCCUUCCCCCAGAAGCCGACUCUUCAAUAGCUAUGCUCGGAAAGGAGGAAAAGCCUGAUGUUUCUUAUCAAGAUAUUGGUGGAAUGGACUUGCAGAAGCAGGAAAUACGUGAAGCGGUCGAGCUCCCUCUCACGCAUUUCGACCUUUAUAAAAAGAUUGGUAUAGACCCGCCUCGCGGUGUCUUGCUUUAUGGGCCACCUGGUACGGGCAAGACUAUGCUUGUGAAAGCAGUCGCACAUCACACAACUGCGUCUUUCAUUCGCGUAGUUGGCAGUGAAUUCGUGCAGAAAUAUCUGGGAGAAGGCCCUCGUAUGGUCCGUGACGUCUUCCGACUUGCCAGGGAAAAUGCCCCUGCCAUCAUCUUCAUCGAUGAGAUAGAUGCCAUUGCAACCAAGCGGUUCGACGCUCAAACAGGAGCGGACAGAGAAGUGCAGCGUAUUCUGCUGGAGCUUCUCAAUCAGAUGGAUGGUUUCGACCAAGGAAGCAACGUCAAGGUCAUUAUGGCCACGAACCGCGCAGACACGCUUGAUCCUGCUUUGCUUCGUCCUGGUCGGCUCGACAGGAAGAUUGAAUUCCCUCUACCAUCGAGGCGCGAGAAGCGUCUCAUAUUCCAGGCUGUGACUAGCAAAAUGAAUCUUGGUCCAGAUGUAGACCUCGAGGAUUAUGUGUCGAGACCAGACCGGUUAUCUUCCGCAGAAAUAUCUUCCAUUGCACAGGCAGCUGGUCUUCAAGCUGUACGGAAGAACAGAUAUGUCAUACUGCCUGUCGAUUUCGAAGAGGCGUGGAAAGUAAGUUGUUUGUGCCUUGUUUGGUCUCGCGAGUGUGUAUAAAAUUCUCACACUUUUUCUUUCUUCAACAGCAAACCGUCAAACGCUCAGACGA